AUGGGCGGUUGGCUGAGCUAUCUCUGGUGGGGCGGCAAUCCCGACAAAGUGAACCCAGUGUCGGGGCUGACACGAAGAGAAGUCUAUGCAGUGCAGAAGUCAUGGGCACUCGUCUACAAAGACUCAGUGGGGAACGGAAUUGAAUUAUUGAAACGGUUAUUUCGCGCGUAUCCAGAAACGAAAGAAUUCUUCAAAAUGGUGAGGAAACUGCCCGAGGAAGAGUUUGACAAGAAUUUCCAAUUCAAAGCGCACGUUAUCAACCUUAUGUCUUCACUUAACCUCGCCGUCAACAAUCUCAAUCAGCCCGAAAUUGUGGUAGAGAUGAUGCUCAAGCUGGGAGAAUCUCAUCACAAAAGAAAAAUUCAAAGGCAACAUUUCUAUAGUUUAAAAGACGUUAUAGUGAAGAUGUUCAUCGAGGUGCUCAAUCUGGACUCUUCAACUCUUGACGCGUGGGGCAAGACCGUAGAGUUCUGGUAUAAGCACAUAUUCGAAGCGCUGUCAGACGGGGAAGCAAGAUAA